AUGACUGAUGAUAAAGCUAUACGAGAAGAAAUUGAAAAGUUCCAAGCAAAACGACGACGAAUUGAACAGUCGGAAUCCGAUGAUGAAUUCAAACUAGACGAUGCUCACGAAUCCGAGAUGCGAGAUGAAAGUACUUUCGUACCAGUGAAAGAACGACGCCGACAAAAACUACAACGCGUUUUGGGCAGUUUAAAUGGUGGCAAUAACAAUGCGGAUAAUAUCGAUCAUGUUGCGGCCGACGCUGCACAUGCGCAAGCAGCAGCUGAAGAAAUUACAGUUGGACCACAAGCUAAUUUUACAUUACUUGAUCAAAUGAAUGAAAUAAAGAAAAAUCAAAAUACAUCGGAUCAAACAAGUGCAGAUAAAAUGCUUAAAGAAGAAGAACAAAUUCUUCACAAUUUGGUAGAAACAAGAGCUUUAAUGGGUGUUGCUGAAUUAGCCAAAGGCAUUGAAUAUACGGAGCCAAUUCGAACAAGCUGGCGACCACCAAAAGCUAUCCUUCGUUUGCCAGAAGAACGCCAUCAACACAUUCGACAACUCUAUAAUAUCGUUGCAGAAGGCGAUGAUAUUCCACCACCGUUAAUUCGAUUUGAAGAUAUGAAAUUUUCCAGCGGUAUUAUAGAUGCAUUGAACGAAAAAAAGAUUUCACGACCGACACCCAUUCAAAUGCAAGGCAUUCCCUCUGUUUUAUCGGGCCGAGAUCUUAUUGGUAUUGCUUAUACUGGCAGUGGGAAAACGUUAGUUUUUGCUUUGCCAAUUGUUAUGUUUUGUCUUGAACAAGAAAAAUCAAUGCCAUUCGUGCGCAACGAAGGACCUUACGGUCUUAUUAUUUGUCCAUCGCGUGAAUUGGCUCGACAAACUCAUCUCGUAAUAUCGAAUAUUUGCGAACAUGCACAUAAAGCUGGAUUACCAUUAUUGCGAUCUAUCGCUUGUGUUGGUGGUACUGCUAUGAAAGAUCAAUUAGAAACAAUAAAAAGUGGUGUACAUAUAAUUGUUGCAACGCCUGGACGUUUAAUGGAUAUGUUGGAUAAGAAAUUAGUUUUUUUGGAUGUCUGUCGGUAUUUAUGUUUGGACGAAGCCGAUCGCAUGAUUGAUCUUGGUUUUGAAGAAGAUGUUCGAAAUAUAAUUUCGCAUUUUAAAGCCCAACGACAGACAUUAUUAUUUUCAGCUACGAUGCCUAAAAAAAUACAAAAUUUCGCUAAAAGUGCACUAGUUAAACCCAUAACGAUUAAUGUCGGCCGAGCAGGUGCUGCUAGUUUGGAAGUUAACCAACAAAUAGAAUAUUGCAUGCCGGAAGCUAGAGUUAUGUCUUUAUUAACAGCAUUGCAAAAGACACCACCGCCGGUCUUGGUCUUUGCUCAGCGUAAACAAGAUGUCGAUGCUAUUCAUGAAUAUUUAUUAUUGAAAGGUGUUGAAGCCGUUGCAAUUCAUGGUGGAAAAGAUCAGGUGGAACGUUUUUAUGCUGUUGAAAAAUUUGUCAAAGGCGAUAAAGAUGUUCUUGUUGCAACUGAUGUAGCUUCGAAAGGCCUGGAUUUUCCUGACAUUCAACACGUUAUUAAUUACGAUUUACCAGAAGAUAUUGAAAAUUAUGUUCAUCGCAUUGGUCGAACAGGUCGUUGUGGCCGACAAGGUCUUGCUACAACGUUUAUCAAUAAAACAUGCGACGAAGCCAUUCUACUUGAUCUUAAACAUCUAUUAAUCGAAGCUAAACAAGCUGUACCAUCAUUUUUACUUCGACUUGAAUCCGACAAAGAACGGCUACUUGCUAUUGGCGAUGAGCCCGGUUGUUCAUACUGUAAUGGUCUUGGCCAUCGUAUAACAAAUUGUCCUAAACUCGAGUCUCAAAGUACCAAGACAGCAAAUAAUAUGAAAAAGAAUGAUUUCUUGGCAAAAGGAAAUUCAGAUUGGUGA